AUGGAUCCCUGGUCUUGGUCAGAAACUAAUGGCUUUCGACUUUUCACCCCUGAGUCCUUGGCAGCAAUUGAGCAAAGAAUUGCUGAGAAAAAAAAGCAGCCAAACAAAGAAAAAGAGAAGAAUAAGCACCAAGGAGUUAAAGAAGAGCAACUUACUCCCCAGCCUCAUCUGAAAAUCUGCAAAACACUGCCAUCUCUUUAUGGGGACAUUCCAGCAGAGCUCAUUGGGGAACCCCUGGAGGAUUUGGAUCCAUACUACAGUGAUCACAAGAUUUACUACCUGGAAGUCUUACUAGAAUUCAGGAACACACCUUCUUAUACCGAUGAUGCUUCUGAAAGUAAUCUGAAAGAGUGCCCAGAAAACUAUACCUGUCAGAAGAUUGGGCAGAAUCCUGACUUUGGUUAUACAAGUUUUGAUCAUUUUGGCUGGGCCUUCCUCUCUGUAUUCCGUCUGAUGACACAGGAUUCCUGGGAGCGUCUCUACAGACAAACUAUCCGUACAUCUGGAGUGUCCAGCUUUUUUUUUUUUAUGGGAGUCAUCUUUUUCUGCUCAUUUUAUCUCUUCAAUCUGAUCUUGGCUGUGGUAACAAUGGCGUAUGAAGAGCAAAACGCAGCUGCAAGAGAGGCCAAGAGAAAACUACUUCAGGAUGCUCAACAAAUUAUAGAGAAAGAACAGGAGUUGGCUGCAGGAGAAAGCAGUAAGGCCUUGCAGGUUGAAUCUGAAAUGCCAGUUGCUGACUUGACAAAUUCCAAAGGAAGAGAGAGUAAUAAAGAAACACCUAUUUUAGGACAAAAUGCAAUUUCCAUUGAUCAGAAGAAAGAGGAGGAAAUAUUUCAUUCACAGCCUGGUCACUGCCCCAAGGAGCUUAGGCAGGUCCUGCUGUCUCGUGAUGUGUCAGUGGACUCUAUUAACGAUCCUUUGCGAAGACAGAGAUUAAUGAGUGCAGCUGCUAUUCUUGCAGAUUUUUCAGAAUUUCAAAGGUCAAAAGUGAAAUGUCCUGCAUUUUGGAAGUGUUUUGUACAAAAGUGUCUAAUUUGGAAUUGUUGUCCAUUCUGGAGAAGAGUCAAAGAGAAGGUGAAAUUGGUUAUUUUGGAUCCAUUUGUUGAUCUCUUUAUCACAGUUUGCAUUAUCUUGAAUACUUUAUUUAUGGCUAUGGAGCACCCUGGAAUGUUACCAGAAACCAGAAAACUGAUUACCAUAAGUGACGAGGUCUUCACCCUGAUUUUUGCACUAGAAAUGAUCUUGAAAAUCAUUGCUCUAGAUCCCUACUACUAUUUUCAGAACAAGUGGAAUGUUUUUGAUAGUUUGGUUGUUUUGAUUGGCCUACUGAGCUUUGGAACCAAACUGUCACCUUUCAGGCUGAUCAGGAUCUUCAAAUUGGCAAAGUCCUGGCCAGCCUUGAAUACUCUUAUGAAAAUAAUUCUGAACUCAUUUGGUAUUCUGGGUAACCUCAUUCUGAUUUUGGCUAUCACCGUAUUUAUUUUUGCUGUAGUAGGAAUGCAGUUUUUGGGCAGUGAUUAUGAAGAACACUACUGUAACAUAAGCACCAGUGGGGAUUUACGCUGGCAUAUGAAGGAUUUCAAUCAUUCAAUUCUGAUUAUAUUCCGAAUAUUAUGUGGAGAAUGGAUUGAAAUGAUGUGGGAAUGUAUGGAAGUGGCUGGAAAACAGAAAUGUAUUACCAUUUUCUUGCUAGUCCUGGUGAUAGGAAACCUGGUGGUGGUCAACCUGUUCAUUGCCUUGCUGCUGAGUUCCUUCAAUACUGACGCCUCAGGGGGACAAGAGGAACCUGGAGAAGGGACUAAAUGUCAGAUUGCCCUUGCACAGAUUUACAAGGGCCUGAAGUCUGUGAAAGACAGAAUUCUGGAUCCUUGUGGCAGAAAACCGAAAGGAAGCCUCAAAAAGACGGACAAAAAACAGACUUUGGUAGAAAUUUCUGGCAAAAACCUAGAGGAUAAUAAUUAUGCCAUGACAGAUGUCAGAAAAUAUAUAGACAACAAUGGCUUUGACACAGAGUGUUACCAUAAUGAAGAGAAUUCCUCAAUAUCAUGGAAAUAUGAAGACCUUUCCAGCAGUCACAGUACCUGUGUUCCCAUUGCAGCAGCAGAGAGUUACAGUGACCUAAGUGAUGAUGAGCACAUUGUAUUCCCAGAAACAGAACACAGAAAGCAGGGAGACAGACUAAGACAUAGAGAACAGCAGCAGAGUUCAAGCAGCUUCAGUCAGAUUUCUGGGACUCCUGAAACUAUACAUGUUUUCACAGUAACACAUGAAAAGCAAGAGCAAAAAGAGAAAUGUGGUGCUGCUUGUAGCUUUUCUGAAGCCAGCACUGUGGAUCCAGCUGUUGGUCUGGAGAUGGUUUCCCAGACUAAAAACUCACACCUGCCUAAGGACUGUUUUGGAGAAAAUUGUGGUAAAUGUUUCCCAUGCUGUGUAGUGGAUAUCACUAAGUUUCCAGGCAGAAAUUGGUGGAACCUCAGGAAAACCUGCUACAGAAUUGUUAAUCACUGCGGAUUUGAAUAUUUUAUGGUUUUUGUGAUAGUACUGAGCAGCGCAGCACUGGCAUUUGAAGAUAUUCACCUGAAGAAUAGAAAAACAGUGAAAAUGAUUCUAGAUUAUGCUGACAAAAUAUUUACCUACAUCUUUGUGAUGGAGAUGCUUCUGAAAUGGGUAGCUUAUGGAUUGCACAGUUACUUCACAAAUUCCUGGUGUUUGCUUGACUUCGUCAUUGUAUGUGUUGUUGUCAAUGCACUCCUCGGAGCCAUCCCCUCAAUCUUCAAUGUUUUGCUCGUCUGUAUUGUCUUUUGGCUUCUAUUUAACAUUCUAGGAGUAAAAUGGCUUGGGAAAAGAUUUUCAAAAUGCAUUCUCCAGGAAGGAGAUAUCAGUCUCAUUAAUAACAAAAGUGAUUGUUAUGCCUAUGGUGGAAAUUGGACAAAUUAUCCUGUAAACUUUGAUAAUGUUGGGAUAGGAUACUUGGCUCUGCUCCAAGUGGCAACUUUUAAAGGUUGGAUGGAUAUUAUGUAUGCAGCAGUGGAUUCACGCGAGAUCAAUGAACAACCAGAGUUUGAAGCAAGCUUAUACAUGUACACAUACUUUGUGGUUUUCAUUAUUUUUGGAUCUUUCUUCAUGUUGAACCUUUUUAUUGGAGUGGUUAUCAGCAAUUUUAACCAACAAAGGAAAAAGAUAAGUGGAAAAGAUCUAUUUCUGACUGAGGAACAGAAAAAGUACUAUAAUGCCUUAAAAAAGCUUGGAUCCAAGAAACCUCAAAAACCCAUCCCAAGACCAUCGAAUGCGUUCCUGGGAUUGCUGUUUGAUAUUGUAGAGCACACAGCAUUUGACAUCAUCGUUGUGAUUUUGAUCUGCCUAAACAUGGUUGUUAUGAUGGCAGAAAAUAACCAGGAAGGCACCAAGGAAGUUCUUAAUAAAAUCAACUACUUUUUUGUGGCUGUAUUUACGGCAGAAUGUGUCAUGAAAAUACUGGCCUUAAGACAGCACUACUUCAAAAGCGGCUGGAACUUAUUUGAUUUUAGUGUUGUGGUCCUUUCAAUAGUCAGUAUUGGAGUUUCUGAAGCUUUCCAAAGAUUCUUCUCUCCUACACUUUUGAGAACCAUUCGCUUGGCACGAAUUGGCCGAAUCCUGAGAUUGGUUCGAAAAGCGAGAGGAAUUCGAACCCUUCUGUUUGCAUUACUGAUGUCUCUUCCUGCACUGGUCAACAUUGGCCUUUUGCUUUUCCUGAUUAUGUUUAUUUAUGCCAUUGUGGGCAUGGCAAACUUUGCCUGUCUUCCCUGGGAAAGUGGGAUUGAUGACAUUUUCAAUUUCCAAACCUUUUCUGGUAGCAUUCUCUGUCUCUUCCAAAUUACAACAUCAGCUGGCUGGGAUACUCUUCUGGCCCCUUUGUUAAGUGAAUCUGGUGCAUGUGCUCCCAACCUAGAUUUAAAAGAGAAAGAUAAAAUUAAUUGCAAAAACACAGCAUAUGGUAUUUUCUAUUUUGUAAGCUAUGUCAUUAUCUCAUUUCUCAUUGUUGUAAAUAUGUACAUAGCUGUCAUUUUAGAGAACUUCAAUGUUGCCACUGAAGAAAGCACAGAUCCUCUUUGUGAGGAUGACUUUGAUAUGUUUUAUGAGACAUGGGGAAAAUUUGAUCCACUGGCAACAGAAUUUAUUGACUAUUCUGCUCUUUCAGACUUUGCAGAUGCUCUGGCAGAACCUUUGCGCAUUCCAAAGCCUAAUAACAUCCAGCUCAUAUCCAUGGACCUCCCUCUAGUGAGUGGAGAUAAGAUCCACCACUUGGAUAUCUUGCGUGCUUUCACUAAAAGAGUCUUGGGAGAAUUUGGAGAUUUGGAUAGUCUUGAAUUACACAUGGAAGAAAAAUUUGUGGUUGCCAAUCCAUCUAAAAUUUUUCAGAAGCCAAUUUCUUCCACUCUUAAACGAAAACAAGAGGAGGUAUCAGCAGUUAUUAUCCAAAGGGCCUUCAGGAGGCAUUUGAUACAGCGUUCAUUCAAAAAUGCAUCUUUCUUUUGCCGUCACAGACAUAACAGUGCUGUCUUUGGAGAAGAAGCACGGGAGAAGCAAAGGCUUAUUGUAUCAAUGCUUAAUGAAAGUAGUGGCAGGAAGAUACAUAAACCACGGUCUUUUUCUUCCUCAUCUCUCCCUUGA